AUGAUCAUGUCUUCCGCUGGCUGCUCCAGUUCUACAUCACUCCUCGAAAAAGACAGUCUGCUACGAGAGCUCCCAGCCUCUGGCACGUAUAAAGUGAAAUACAACCCCGAUCAGGAUUGGGAUUUCCACCUCGACACCGCGCAAAGCCCGGUAGAUGUCGAGCUCGUCCUCCCGCACUAUCGCGCGCGAAAUCAACCAGUAGAUCAUCGCAUGAGCAUGAUGGUCUGCAAUGACGCGGGGUCGCUCAAAGUUAAAGUUUGCCGCCCCUCACAUCGAUCAAAGUUCUAUCUCGAGGUGCAGUCGGAGAGUUCGGAUGUCACGGUGUGGCUACCCUCCGACUUUCGAGGGCAGAUACAUCACUCCGGUCGCGCAAAAUAUUCCGCCGGUUUCGUAAAUCGGAUAUUGCAGAAUGUCCGUCUCAACGAGGGCGUUUAUGAUGACGUUAUGGAGGAAGACGAGGUGGUCGUGUAUACGCAUGGCACAAUAGCCUUCCGCAUGUGGGACACGCAGACGCGGGCACCGGAAAACUCGCGCAAGGAGAACCUGAAGCGACUGUUCGGCUGUGGGCGAAAAGCUCCGGAGACAGCCAUCGAUUGGGAUUUCCUUCUUGACUAG